GCUAUCUACAAGAUGGUGGGCACGGUGAUGAAGAUGCCGGAGGACGAGUCGACCCCUGAGCGACGCACGGACAAAAUCUUCCGCCAGAUGGACAAGAACAUGGACGGUCGUCUGUCCAUCGACGAGUUCAUCGAGGGCGCCAAGAGUGACCCGUCCAUUGUACGACUGCUCCAGUGUGACCCCCAGGCCGCCACACAGAGUUGAACCGUCACAGGGGAGGGCUGAUCACGU